AUGGCGUCCUCCAAUGCGACAAGCUACAAGCAGCUCAAGGAGGACUUCGUCUCCGGUCUGUCAGGCGGUUCCGUGUCCGAGAUCAAUUACGUGGCUUCGGUAGCUUCAAUUGCGAUUGUACUUUGGUCCGUUCUCCAAAGCCGGCAGUCCUUCUUCAAACCUUAUACGCCGCUAUCCUUUGCCGCCGACUUCGUUCUAAAUGUUUGCGCCAUCCUCCUCGCCAUAACGCUGUACUCCUCGACGCCCCUUAUCCUUUAUGGUUUGAUUCUUGCCCCGGCGCUGGUUGUCUACGCUCUCCCAGCGAAUUCCCACGAUCAUAAAAAGAAGCCCAAACUGCCGCCCAGCGCCACAUCCAGAGCCAACGAUGGAGGAAAUGCAGGACUGGGACUGCUAUCUAUCAAGCCCUUCCUCACGCAUUACCGCGGCUCCAUGCUAGUGGCUACAUGCCUAGCGAUCCUUGCCGUCGACUUCAGGCUCUUUCCUCGCCGGUUCGCCAAAGUCGAAACAUGGGGCACCUCUUUUAUGGACGUUGGCGUCGGGUCCUUUGUCUUCAGCGCCGGGGUAGUAGCGGCGCGGCCAGUGCUGAAAGAGCGAGCCGAGGGCCGUACAAUGCCGUUACCCCAAAGAUUGUUGUACUCCAUGAGACAUUCCAUGCCACUCCUCGUGCUGGGCGUGGUCCGAUUGUUGAGUGUCAAGGGUCUGGACUACGCCGAGCAUGUGACUGAGUACGGCGUGCAUUGGAACUUCUUCUUUACCCUGGGUCUUCUUCCGCCCUUUGUGGCGAUAUUCCAAUCGGCGCUGAAGGUAGUGCCUAGCUUCGCCACACUCACCAUCCUCUUGGGCGUGGGGUACCAGGUCCUGUUGGAGAGCACAAGCUUGAAAGCUUUCAUCCUUCUUGCGCCACGAACGGACCUCAUUUCAAAAAAUAGGGAAGGCAUCUGCAGUUUCGUGGGAUACGUGGCCAUCUUCUUGGCUGGUCAGGACGCAGGCAUGUACAUGUUGCCUCGCCGCAUCAACCCCAAUCGCACGACGACUCCAGGGACGCAGCGCAACACGCUGCUGCUUGUCAUGUUUGUCUGGACCAGCAUCUGGUCUUUCUUGUACGUUGCGGUCACGAAUCCUGUCUACGGCGCUGGCCUCGACGUAUCGCGCCGGUUGGCGAACCUACCAUAUGUAUUGUGGAUUGUGGCGUUCAAUAAUGCGUCGAUCCUGGCGCAUUGUCUGAUAGACACCAUCUUCUUCCCCGCAUUCUACAAUGCGACGGAUGCGAGGAGUGAAAAGGAGGCAUAUGAGACGGCCACAAGCCGGGUUCUAAGGGCCUAUAACCGGAACGGGUUGGCUGUGUUCCUGUUGGCGAAUUUAUUGACCGGUUUGGUCAAUAUGACGGUUCCGACGUUGGAUGUUGGGCCAGUGCCGACCAUGGGCAUCUUGGUUGGCUAUGCGGCAGUGCUCACGGGUGUUGCUGUUGGUUUGGAUGCGUACGAUAUCUCGAUAAAAUUGUAG